UUGCUUUUACAAAGAGAGAAGAGACAGCGAAGGGGUUUAAACUCGGUGACCCCAUUCCAUAAAUCAGCAUUUAUCUUUGUGGGUCGGUGCGGUGUUUUGUUUCUGUUCACACUCAGAUUCUUCUCUUCCAAUCGGGCUGUCGAAUCAACAUUGACAGCCCGGUUCCUUGGAGACGCAUAUUCAAAGUUUCAAACCCCACAAAUUCCAAAUUUCAGGAGUUCGGAUUUUGGGGUUUGGUUGAGCUAUUGACAAGGGCGACAAGGUGUUAAUGGUAUUGGCUUGAAGGAGUUUCUUUUGGCAUUAAAUUUGUGCGAUCAAUGAGUAACUUUUCAGGAGCCAUUCAGCGACCCCUUGUUGCUGCUGCUGCGGUUGCUGUGGCUUCUUUCUCUGCCGAGUUUUCUGAUAAAUUCCCAUCCAGUGGAACAACAACAUCAUCAUCAACAACAACAACAACAAGUGAUUAUUGCUCUACCUCCAAUUUGGCACAUUCCACGGCAUGCAAUUUAAUACAACAACUUAAUACAGCAUGGGUUUCUCAUAUCUCCGUUUCAAAACUUGCGGACCUUUCUUUUGUGACACGGAUUCCAGCACCUUUGCCUAAUGUCAAACUCCGGGUGCCAAGUUUGGGCCACAAUUGUGCUUCCAAUUUGUACCAUUCUUCUGUUGCUUCAUCGCCGCUUCUUUGGAAUGUGUAUCAAUCUGCUGAAUUCUCUAGAUUGCCUAGGCCUUGUGUGCAUUCUCGUGGUGUGUCCACUUCAGCUUCUGAGGGCAUGUAUGAAUGGCAUUUGCCCCAACCAAGUGCUGUAUUGGACGGUUCGUCUGUGAAGUCAAAGACUGUUGUGGUCUUGUUGGGAUGGUUGGGAGCAAAGCAGAGGCAUCUUUCGAAGUAUGCAGAAUGGUAUACUUCGAAGGGGUAUCAUGUAAUUACAUUCACGUUUCCCAUGGAUGAGGUCCUUAGUUAUAAGCCAGGAGGAAAAGCUGAACAGAAUGUUCAAUUGCUUGUAGACCACUUGGCUGAUUGGUUAGAAGGGGAAAAUGAAAAGAAUAUGGUCUUUCAUACUUUCAGCAACACUGGAUGGUUAACAUAUGGGGUUAUUCUGGAGCAAUGUCAAAAGCAGGGCCUGUCUAUAAUGGAUAGGAUUAAGGGCUGCAUUGUAGAUUCUGCACCUGUUGCAUAUCCUGAUCCUGAGGUAUGGGCUUCAGGUUUCUCUGCAGCGUUUCUCAAGAAAAGAAGUGUGGCCACAAAGGGAUAUGUAACCUCUAAUGAAUCCGGCAUUAAGGUAUCAAUUGGCCGCGAGGAAGCUUCAGGACCCAAACCUGCACUAACUGAAGCAGCUUUGCUAUUAAUACUAAAGAAAUUUUUUGAGAUCACUCUGAAUCUCCCUACAGUGAAUAGGAGGCUCUCUGAUGUUUUGAAUGUGUUAUCAUCAAAGCAACCAAGCUGUCCUCAGUUAUACAUCUAUAGCACUGCAGACAGAGUUAUACCUGCAGACUCCGUGGAGUCGUUCGUCGAGGCGCAGCGCAAAUCAGGGCAUGAUGUGAGGGCAUGCAAUUUUGUGUCCUCACCCCAUGUUGAUCACUUUAGAAAUCACCCCAAAUUGUACACCUCUCAGGUCAAUCAAUUUCUUGAUGAGUGUGUGGUUAACAAAUGUAAAUCUUCUCACUAACUCUUUAUAGCUCACUAGUCAUACAGCUCACCUCUGAUUCAUUUUGAGAGCAACCCUUCCAUUUAAAGAUUGUGGUUGCCAUUGUAUCAAAGUCAACCCUUCAUGGGGAAUUAUAUAAUUGUUCAUUCUUUUCCCUGUUGAAAAUUUUAUAAUUUUGUUUAUUUUUUUGGUUAUAAGA